AUGCAGGAUGAGCCGGAUGGACAGAGCAGGCGGGUGGUGCUGGGGAGGUCGCUGCAGGAACCGGCCAGGUUUGCCUACGCGGGAAUCUGCGCCAUUUCAUUGGCUCAGCUCUUCCCGGAGAAAGAACAAAGGGAUUUCUGCCGGAGGUUUGUGGAGGACUUGGUGCGAUGGCUGGACUUGGCCCCCACUGUCAUUCCGGCCAUGGAGGCGUUCGCCAGCGGAUUGGGAGGAGAAGGAACGGACACCUUCACUAAGGUUCUGCUGGAGGAUUCCGUCAUGAAGGAGAAGCCGACUCUUAUCACGCAGGAUCUGGUGUCGUUCUCCCUCCGGGAUGGGUACUAUGACGCACGGAGCCGCGUGUUGAUCUCCCGCGUGUCCUGGCUGCUUCGCGUCCCUCCGGAAACGAUGGAGAUGAGCGAGGAGUCCCUGAUGGAGAGUCUGAAGCAAAGAACUGAGGAACCGUCAGAGUCAGUGCAGGCGUCUCGCAGGAAGAAGGAGAGCCGGAGGAAGUUAAAGAGAUAUUUACUAAUCGGCCUAGCGACUGUCGGAGGUGGUACAGUAAUAGGUCUUACUGGAGGACUGGCCGCUCCGCUAGUUGCUGCAGGAGCCGCCACCAUCAUCGGAAGUGCGGGAGCUGCUGUCCUGGGGUCCACGGCUGGCAUUGCCAUCAUGGCGUCUUUGUUUGGAGCAGCUGGAGCUGGUCUCACAGGCUACAAGAUGAAGAAGCGAGUUGGCGCCAUAGAAGAGUUUGAGUUUUUACCUCUGACCGGAGGACGCCAGCUGCACAUGUCCAUCGCCAUCACUGGCUGGCUGUCUACCGGCAAAUAUGGCAGCUUUGCGGCCCCGUGGCAGAGCCUCCUGCACUCCACUGAGCAGUACUGUCUGGCCUGGGAGUCCAAAUACCUCAUGGAAUUGGGAAACGCACUGGACGCCAUAUUGAAUGGCCUGGUGAACAUCGUCGCCCAGGAGGCCCUGAAGUUCACCAUCUUGUCAGGAAUCGUGACGGCACUGACGUGGCCGGCCUCCCUCAUCACCGUGGCCAGUGUGAUCGACAACCCCUGGGGUGUGUGUCUGAGCCGAUCAGCGGAAGUAGGCAAACACCUGGCACACAUACUGCUCAGCCGGCAGCAGGGACACAGACCGGUGACUCUGAUCGGCUUCAGUCUCGGCGCUCGAGUCAUUUACUUUUGCCUGCAGGAACUGGCGCAGGAAAGCGGCUCAGAGGGGAUUAUAGAGGACGUGGUGCUGCUGGGGGCCCCGGUGGAAGGAGAUGUCAAGAGAUGGAAACCCCUGACCCGCGUUGUAGCCGGACGGAUCAUUAAUGGUUACUGCAGAGGGGAUUGGCUGCUGAGUUUCGUGUACAGAAGCUCCUCGGUGAAGCUGAAUGUGGCUGGUCUACAGCCGGUGGACUUGGAUGACCGGAGGAUGGUCAAUGUGGACCUGUCUUCAGUGGUAAGUGAUCCUUCUGUGUCCCCCUUUACCCUUCUAGUAAGGUUGGUAGGGUGA